AGCUAGAGCUUUCCUCCAGGAGCUGGGUGUUCCCAGUUUAUAACAGGCUGCCUGCCUCUCCGCUGUGUUAGUGAACAGGCAGAAUGCAGAGUGGAGAGCUGGUUCGGGGGCUGCUGCUCGCCCUGCUCUGGGGAGGACACUGCUGGGGUCUCACAGAGGAAGAGAAAAGCAGCAUUGUCCUUCUGCACAACGCACUACGCUCUCAGGUCAGCCCCAGCGCCACCAACAUGCAGCUCAUGAAAUGGGACUCGGAGCUGGAGGCGCUGGCUGCUCAGUACGCCACCGCCUGCAUAUGGGACCACAACCCUGACAGGGGGGAGACGGGGGAGAACCUGUUCCUGACCAGCGGGCAGCUGAACGGGACUCGAGUGAUGCAGAGCUGGUACGAGGAGCACCUGGAUUAUACCUUCCACACAGGCAGCUGCACGCCUGGGAAAAUGUGUGGCCACUACACCCAGGUGGUCUGGGCAAACAGCAACAGAGUUGGGUGUGGAGAACACUUCUGUGAGACAGUGGAGGGGAUAGACCAGAAGAGACUCACAAUCCUGGUGUGCAAUUACUAUCCCAAAGGCAAUUACCGGGGUAUGAAACCGUACGUGUCGGGACCCUCCUGCUCAAGCUGCCCCCCAGACCACACCUGUGUUGAGAAGCUCUGUGAUGCUGGGCAGACCUCCACGACUGUGCGGUACGACACAGAUCACACAGACGCUGAUCCGGGGACGAGCCCCAGCUGGGAGACGCACUCUGACAGCUCUCUAGAGAGCAGCUCCGCUCCAGGGACCCCCUCCUACAGCGACAAGAAGAUCAGCAGCGAGGAGGCAGAGGUGAAUCAUGCAGACUCUUCGGAAGAGAGGUCCGAAGCCGGCCGAGGUGCUGUGAACCAGCCGUGUGCCAAAGGGAUCCUGGCUGUAAUCCUGCUGACCGUGUUCCUGCUGUAAACUGUAGGGCAUGGACUCUCCCCCCUCUCCUUUAACCUCAAUCAGCCCUCCAUUAGCACUGUUGAUGAUGGCUUUACAACAGACCCCUCUGUUGUUCUGCAGCUGUGAUGAAAACCUUCUAAACAGCAGAUUGGAACAGAACUGGAACAGUGGACACACAGAUACUGGGUUAACAGUAAUACAUUGCAGAGCAAUUGUAUAUUCCUUUGUACAUAUGAAUAAAGAGGAAGUAUGACAACGACACAAACGUUAUUGUUUC